CUAGGUGUCUCUGUAACUCAGAGAUGUUAGUACACACUGUUAUCACAGCCUGAUGUGCAAUUACCGCACACGUGGAUCACGGGUGCGUCUGAAGGAUGAGCACCAAGUCGAGUGCUGGAAAAGUUCGGAAUGCAGACAGCAACCCCUGCAUAGAGGAGAGUGAUGGUUCCCAAAAGUGCCUGGAAGCAUAUAACUAUGAUAAAAACAUGUGCUCUGCAUACUUCUUGAAGUAUAAGAAUUGCCGGAAAUACUGGCAUACUGUGAUGCUCCAGCGCAGGCGUGAAGGUAUAAAGCCUGAUAUGCCUACAGCAACAGAGAGAGAAGAAAUGCUAGCUUCUCUGGGAGGGAAGCCCUACUGAAACUAACUGACUUUUAAUAGCAGAACACUGACUGUGCCUCUCUGAGGUGAAGUAUGUGUGGAUUAGUGCAUCCUUCUAAUAGGGAGCCUUAAAAACUUUAUUUAUACUUCGGCCCAGUGGGCAGAGGGGUGUGUGUGUGUGUGUGUGUGGGGGGGGGGGGGGGGGGGGGUAUUUGUGUGCACAUACUUGUUAUGGAGUUGUUUGUGUGUACUUGAGAGAGUGCAAGUGCUUGAACACGUGUUUUUGAACACGUGCUUGUUUUUGAACAGUUCCUGUGUUAAUCAUUCUCUGAAUCUGGCUGAUCUACAUGUCAAUCAUGUGCAGUUAUAAUAUCUCAUGAGUAUUCAGUCUGAAUAUUAACAAGAGUCAAAUAAACAAUGAAAGUAAAA